GAAUUUUGGAGGUGGCGUCAGAGUACCUUUUUCUCUGUUCUGUCUGUUUCUAUUGCAACUUGUUUGUAUCGAUUAAAGCAAGCUUAUUUCUUGUUUCCGUAAAAAUGUCCGGCAAAUGUUAUGAAAAAGGAAGCUCACCGCCUCCAUCAAAUAAAGAAAUAAGAUUAUAUGGAAUGCGGUUUUGCCCAUUUACUAAGAGAGUCCGUCUAGUCCUAACAGCCAAAGACAUUCCUUAUGACAUGAUUAACAUUAACUUAAGAAGCAAGCCCGAAUGGUUUUUAGAAAAAAAUCUUUCCGGUAAAGUUCCUUUGUAUGACGAAGGAGGAAAAUUGCUAACCGAUUCUGUUAUAAUAUGCGACUAUCUCGACGAUGCAUUUCCAGAUAAAAAACUUUAUCCCAGUGAUCCAUAUCUAAAAGCAAAAGACAAACUGAUGCUAGAAGUGUUUGGGAAGAUAUUAGGAAAAAUAUCCAAAGUUCUUCAUAAUGAGCUAAAGGAAGAGGAAUUUCCACAGUUCUGGUCAGAUAUAAUGGAACCAUUGACACAAUAUGAAAGUGAAUUAUCAUCUAGAGGUUCAUAUUUUGGAGGAAAGACACUGGGAAUGCUGGACUAUUUAAUUUGGCCCUGGUUUGAGAUCAUUCCUGCACUCUAUUUAAUUCGUCCUCAAUUAACAAAAUUUCCUAGUGAGAGUUAUCCUCUUCUUUCGAAAUGGAUAGAAGACAUGAAUUUGAAUAAGUCUGUGAAAAGCGUGGCUGUGGAUCCGCAGACUUAUGCGGGAUUCUUGGCAACAUUGUUGAAAGGUUGUCCCAACUUUGAUUAUGGAUUGUGAUACG